UUGCUACUGCUCAACUAGUACCAUCCUGGAACCGAUAACGUACUAAUAUAUCAUCUUUUUCAUAUGAUAGCAUAAAUAUUUAUGCCACUCUACAUUGUCAUUAAAUGAAUCAGUACUGUGAGUAUAGAAUGACCAUAGAGGGAUAUAAAUACCAUAUUGUGGUUAUAGAAUUUCAGUUUUCUCCUAUCUUUCGUGAGGUGACAGUGACUACUAGCUGUAAUCAUGGGUUUAUUUGACAUUGAAGGUAUAAUCGCCCCAGUAUUCACUCCAAUUGAUGAUAAAGGGAACAUAAACACGAAGAUUAUUCCAGAAUACGCACAGUACUUGCAUAAACAUGGCAUCAAAGGAAUACUCGUUGGUGGCACGACGGGUGAAGCUGUGUCGCUCAGUUUAGAGGAGAGGAAAGACGUAUUGCUUACUUGGAUAAAUGAAGCACAACCACUCGGAAUUAAAGUCAUCUCCCAAGUAGGGGGAGUGCCUUUAACAGAUGUAUUGGCAAUGGCCUCGUAUUCAGAAGAAGUUGGAGCAAACUGCAUCAUGACGCUCCCAGAACUGUACUUCAGACCAAGAACUUGUGAAGAGCUUGUGUCGUAUUUGGAACUAGUAUCUAAAGCCGCGCCAACUCUACCGCUGCUAUAUUAUCAUUAUCCUAUGAUUUCUCGCGUUGAUUUCAACAUGGCAGAAUUUUUCGAGAUGGCGUCUUCAAGGAUAUCCAACUUUAAAGGCAUGAAAGCAGAUCUCGAUGUAGCUGUACAAGUUGCUGACCAACUUCACGAUGACCAGAAGAUAUUCAUUGCAUACCAUCUUUUAGCACCAGCAGUACUUCUCGGCCACGACUCCAGUAUAUCGACAAUAACGAAUUUGCUCCCAGGACUAGUACAAGAUGUAGUGGAGACAACCAAAUCUCACGAUGUGGUGAAAGCCAGAAAUCUACAGGAGAAACUGAAUAAAAUUGUAAAAGGCAUAACGAUUGAAGAUUCUUUCGUGCCGGCUAUGAAAGUGGCAAUGGAAUUGAUAACCGGAAUACGUGUUGGACCACCGCGGCUGCCUCUGCUGCCCUUAAAUGAAACAAGUGUGGCCCGCAUUGCCGACCACAUAAGAAGUUCUGGCUAUGACCUUUAAAUAUGUUAAUAGGGAACAGUUUAGAAAUUUAAAUAAAGGCUAUAGCAGAAUAGCGGAGAGGAUGGACUCACUGCCCCCUCUGAGUUAUAUUAUUAUCUUAUCUGUGGUAUAUAACCACAGAUAAACAUUUAGUCCCGAUUAUUUCUUCUAAAUUUUAUUAGUUAGCAGCAAUUGUAAUAGUUUAUUAUGUUAUUUGAGACACAUAAAAAUGAUGAUUAUUAUUAUUAUUAUAUUUAAAAUAGUUG